CGAGGCGGUUGUCCGGCGGUGGUGGUCCGACGGUGGUCCAGCGGCGGUGAAGUGGCGGUCGGACGGAAGUCCAGCGGAGGUGGUUGGCGACAGCAGCGGCGGUGAUGAUUGCCGCCGGCGGCCCGUGUAAUUCACGCGCGCGCAGAGGUGAAAGUUUUGGAGUCUCUAGCGGCUUCGUCCAAACUCCGAUUAUGACGUGGUCAGUGGCUACGGCUUCGACGUUAGGAACAUGAUUGUGGCUUUGCAUGCGCGAGAUUAUCAAUGGUUAGAGAGAUAUGGCCGAUUUACUGAACGGACAAAAACAAAGCUUAAAUGCAUGGCGGUUCUGGCGGUUACCUACGACCGUGAACAGUGGUGACGAAGCUGGCGUGACCCUGGGGUGCUGUGACUCCGAUGAUCUCCGGCGGUGGCUCUGCUUCCACAAAGAUUUCACCUUUCUCUAUUUAUCUCUUCUUAGAACUCUCUUUCUCCUUUCUCUCUUAUUUUUCUUCUAACUUUUUAUUUUUAUUUUUAUGCCGGAGAAGAAAACAAAGCUGGGAAUGAGUAUUUAUAGACAAAACAAGUGACCUUUGUAUAUGUGCAUUGGACUUAGCCUGCUAACAAAUUCCGAAACUGAAAUCGGGUCGUUACAUAUAUAUUCAGUAAGCAAAUUUAUAUAACAAAAAAAUUAAUCUAAAUCUAACAAAAAAUAUAAUAUAUAUGAAUGAAAUUGUACAAAAUGUACUAUAUGCAUGUACCAAAGAUGAACGAAUAAAAGUGUCCAAUAAAACCAGCUAUAUACGGAUAAAAGGAUUAUAAAUACAGAGGAACAAAUUUUUGGAGACAAAAUCAAAUCAUAUACACAAAUAUCGAACAACGAGUGGAAACAUGCAAAGAAAGUGGGCGACGAUCAUGUUUGCUUUGAUAAUGAUCAUAAUAUCAGUAUCUUUACAAGGAGAUGCAUAUGAGAAAAGAAGUGAUUUUGCACGUACUCCAUCAUCGGCACUGGCACAUCAAUCAGAGAAUGAGUUAAUUCCUAAGCCUAUACCUUGUAUGUCCGACGUAACAAAAAUCCCCGAUUGUAUUAAAGCAGUGAUGCACUUUAGAUUCAUAGAGGUCACAAAGGAGUGUUUUGGGGUUGAGUUCAAAUAUGACUUUCCGGAGAUGAAAAGGAAAAUUCGCUUUCCUUGUAAAUAGUUGGUCAUAUUUGAUAAGACUUUUCAUUAUUUGCUUUAAUCAGUGUCCACAAUAUGUACUAAUAAUUCUUUCUAUAAAAAUUUAUAAUUCAUGGAUUAUGUAUUCUACAAGAUUAUUUAUGGAAUAAGAAGUUUUUAAUUACAAGCAUGCGUUCUUCAGUUCUCAGAUCCUGCUUUUGAUCCUCAUAUGGCUACACGAUAUAUUAGCUCACAAGAUAUAUAUAAUCCUUUCACAGUUUCGUCUAUUUAAUCAUUUUGAUUAUUUGUUCGUCUUAAAGAAAUAGUUUUUAAGAAGUUCAGCUAUUGUAACUAGUAGAUAAGAUUUGAGUUCCUAUGUAAUUUUUUUUUUUUGAUGAUCCUGAUAUUCGGAUACCUUCGAAAGAGAUCCGACUAGCGCCUAAUGACUAUCCACCGGAGCUAAGCCGGGGAGUCCGCCGAUAGCAUCUAGAGGAACCACCUUUUUCACCUUAUUUUAAUCGAUGAUGGCCGGUACUCGAACCUAGAUAGCGGAACUCACAGCCGUGAACCCUUUACCAUCAGGCUACAUGCACCCGGAAAGCGAAUUUUCCUUUCCAUCUCCGGAAAGCAAAACUAUAAAUAAAUGAGGGAAAUUAUUUAUAAAGGCAUGUAGGCUUGGGCGUUCGGAUACUCGUUCGGGUUCUGAUCAGAUUUUUUGAAUUUCGGUUCUAUUUUGUAACAUGUCCUAGGUCCCAUAUUGGUAAAUUUGUAAGUAUGGAUUGGAAUCAAAUAUAAUAAAUCGGUUUUGAUUCAGUUUUGUAUCACAUUCUAAAACCCAUAAAGUAAUUAUAUAUCAUUCGGAUUCGGGUUAUAUCCGAUUGGUUCUGAUAUACCCAAAAUAAAAUAAAAAAUUUAAAAGCAAACAUAAAAAUAUGCUUAUUAUAUACAACUAGGCGUGGGCCUGCACCUUGUGCGGAUAAUAUAUAUUUUUCAUAAAAGAAAUUCAUAUUAAUUAAAAUAUGUGUUUUUUUUAUUUUCUUUAACUAUUUCAAUUUCUUAUUGUGUGGCUUUCUUUUUCUUAUGGUUUAUACAUGAUUCUUCUACUUGGAAGUUGAAUUAUUUGUUUGAUUGAAUCUGAUUUUAACAUAGUUGCUUAUAAUACCAAAGAGCAGUGAUAUUUUUCUAAUUUUGACAUUUUUGGCUCGAGUUCGGUAGUUUAAGAGCAUUUUUUUUGUUUAUAUAGUGUUCUGAAUAAAAAGUAGAUGCUAGAUCUUUCAAAAGAUCUAAGGUUUAUUUUUUGGUGGUUCAAGUGCAAGCGCAAUUAUCUCAAGUUGUAAAGAAGAAUAUGAAGAAAAACGUCUUUAGUUUAGUGAUACAUGUUCUCCACAAUGUAGAAAAAUGCAGAUAAUUUUGAUAAAAUCAGUGAUACAUUUCACCUGUGAUUUCCAUGACGGAUCUACAACAAUGACGACAUACAAAGUUACUCAUGCAUCAUUAAAGCAAUCAUAUAUCUAUAUUAUUAAA